AGAACUGGAAAAAAAAAGAGAUGAUAUAAUAUGAUAUAAAUGGACAAUCUGUCGGGCCUGUUGAAGGUUAGGGUUAAAAGAGGUCUGGAUCUUGUAGUUCGUGAUAUCACCGACAGCGAUCCUUAUGUUGUCGUCAAAAUGGGCGAUCACAAACUGAAGACUCGGGUUGUGAACAAUGAUAUUAAUCCGGUGUGGGACGAAGAACUGACUCUUGCUGUUGAGGAUCCAAAUCUUCCAAUAAAACUAACGGUGUACGACAGUGAUUUGUUCUCGAUGGAUGACCCGAUGGGAGAUGUAGAAUUUGACUUGAAAUCGUUUUUGGAGGCAAUGAAGAUGCCUCGUUUGGAGAGGCAUCCAAAUGGAACUCUUCUCAAGAGAAUACAGCCUUCCAGGACAAACUCUUUGGCUGAAGAAAGUUGUAUAAUAUGGAAAGACAACAAGGUCCUCCAAGACCUAUCUUUUAGGUUGCGGCAUGUAGAAUCUGGUGAAGUUGAAAUCCAACUAUCUUGGGAACAUCUACCCGGUUCUAAAGGAUUCUAGACUUUUUUUUUUUGUAAAACUGAUUUGAUACUGUGAGAUGUACAUUAUUAAUAUGGGAGAUGAUUUGUAUACAACAAUUUUUCUCCAUACACAACAAUUGGUGCUUUA